UUGCUCUGUUUUUCUGAAUUAACGACUUAAUUAUCUCAAAAUUAUGAGAUAAUUUUUCAUGAAUAAAAAAAAAUUGCUCUGUUUUUCUGAAUUAGAGAUCCCUCAAAAUCCUGCGAGAAGCUCUCACCUGCACGAAGUAACGUCAGGCCACAGUUGCUGAUGCUAAUCAGCCUGACCCUCCAACAACAACAGUGCCAGGCCUACAUGGGUUCAGUGCAGGGCCAGCUAUGGCUACGUCUUCAAAUACCCCUCUCCCACAAGAUGAUGGUCUGUGGAUGUUUCUUCAGAGCCGAGGGAUUCCUGAGAAAAAUAUUCAGAAAAUGCAGCAAGAUCAUAUUGACAGCUCGGUAGUUGGAGAAAUAGAUGAUGCCACUAUGACUGCUUACAUUCCAGCAUAUGGUGAUAGGAUUGCUACAAGGCGUUUCUGUAUGGAAAAACAGAGAAAGCGUGGUGAUGAUCUUAAAAGACAGUCCUUAUUUGAAAAACUUAGAAGAAAGUUGGGCACAUUGACAAGCAAUAAAGACACAGAUCAAGAUUUUGAGGAGGAGCAUUCUAUGCAGCCAACAAAGAUACAUCUGAGAAAUAACAAAAGGGCCGUGAAGAUGACAAGGAAAAUAGAACUAGGAUGGAUACACGACAAGAAACAAGUGAGAAAACGCAAUGGUGGAGGAACCAGAGUUCUUGAUAUUUCCAAGAAAGCCACAAAAACAGAGAUUCUAUCACAAGCUAAAAAGCUAUUUUUCCCCAAUGAGAAAUCGAGAAAGGGAAAGUGGGAAGAGUUUAGUCACAAUAUUGUUGACUUUCAGGAAGCAUACCUUGAUGAGGGUGUUAGUGUGGGAGAGCUCUAUGAGACACAUAAAUUGGGGAUUUUAAGAUUUUACUUGUUCACAGAGCACCAGACAAAUGAAGAUGAAGUGUUCACAGAGAUGACAGAAGGAACUGAUGAACAUACAGAUGCAGCGAGGCAAAAUGAGCGACAGAAAAACACAACAGAAGAUAAUGAGCAGCUGACACAAAAAACACAUGACAGUGAACAGCAGACACAUACUGUAGAAGAUGUUGUCUCUACUGCUGUAGAGAUUGUUGAUCUUACAUCUUUGUGUGAUACAUCAGAGGUCAUUUUUGGCCCUUUGCAAGGUGGACCAUUUUUAGAAGAUCUUGAUGACACAAUCUUACAUGAGCCUAUAGAAGAGGCACAGAUACACAUCAACACCUACAGCUCAACUCCUGUCCAUUCUGACACAGUGCCUGCUGGCCCCUUAAGUCCUACUUAUGAACCUUUGCAUGUGACGGUGAAACUCCACAGAGUCAAUCUCUUGGAGGAACUGAUUACCCAAUUCAAGGAUGAAGUGAUUAUGUCCUACUCUGUGAAAUACAGCUUCAUUCAUGAAAUGGGGGCAGAUGCUGAUGGCGUGUCCAGGGAUGUAUAUGCUGCCUUCUGGACAGAGUUUUUAGACUGUGCAGCAGAGGGUGCAGAUGUGAGAGUACCAUCACUAUCCCCAAAAUGGCAAGAAGAAGAAUGGAAAUCUGUUGGUAGGAUAAUGGUCAAGGGAUUAAAGGAACAUGGAUAUUUUCCUUCUCGGCUGGCUCAAGCCUUUACAGCAGCAAUCACAUUUGGUGAACACACUGUCUCACCUGAUUUAUUGUUUGACUCACUAAUGUUGUAUCUUAGUCAGUCUGAGCGCGAUCUCUUGUCCACUGCUUUGCAAGACACCCUUGAUGGUGAUGAUAAAGAUGAGCUUCUUGAUCUUAUGGAUCGCAUGGGAGUAAGAACAGUACCAACACAAGAGAACUUGAAAGCUGUGCUUCUCCAAGUGGCCCACAAGCAAAUAAUCCAGCAACCAAAAUAUGCACUGGAUAACAUUGCAGCAGUCGCAGGACCAACUCUCAGGGAGUUCUUCCCCAGUGUGCUGGAUAUGCAGAAGAUGUAUGAGAAUCUUAAACCAUCAACCCGGAAGGUUUUAAAGUUGAUCACGGCCUCUCCAGCUACUCCAGCAGAGAACCAAAGUUUGCAAUUUUUACAUCAGUACAUCAGGGGAUUGGAUGAGAUAGGCCUCCGGAAGAUGUUGAGAUUCAUGACAGGGUCUGAUGUCAUCUGCGUUAAAGACAUUCAAGUCAUAUUCACCCCUUUGGAAGGUUUAUCAAGGCGGCCUAUUGCACAUACUUGUGGCCCAACUUUAGAGCUGCCAUCAACUUACAACAGCUAUCCUGACCUCCGAGCUGAAAUGGAGGCUAUACUGUCUAGCAACUUCUAUGCAAUGGACAUUGCAUAGAAGUGUCUCACUCACUCACAUGUACACACUCUUCCCUUUUGCCCAGGUAUACAGUAGCCUUAUCAGUGCCAUCUGUUUACCUUUAGAUAGUGUGUGAAUGUAAGACAGAGCACAUAGGGGAAGUAAUUGCAUUAUGAGUGCAGGGUGAUUUAUUUUUUAUUUUGUUUUUCAGUUUCAGUUUUAUACAAAAUGUCAUUACCAAACUUACUGUGGAAACAAGUUUACUGGCUGAUGAGCAUUUUGUUGAUGCAUUUUUAUUUAGAUACAUGUACCAAUAUUUUAAAUGUUUUAAAACUUUUAUAUAAGCCAUCAUUUCUGUUAGCAGUUUAGGAGCAUACUUUUUGGGACAAUUUAACAAUUUAAAAGACCCUGGGGUAAUGUCAGCUCAUGUUAAUUCUAAAUUUUGCCAGUGUUUGGAAAUCUGUUCUAACAUACAGCACUGUACAUUAGAAGGUGUUCUGCUUUUUACAAAUAAAAAGCACAGGUUUCUC